GAACGUACCCAUCCAACUCUCUUUCUAUCUGUCUUUCUCCUCUUGCACCCAACAACUAGUUGGUGAGAGAGCUUCAUCUUGGCAACGAUGAGAAAUGUCGUUGUGAUUUGUGUCGUCUUUGCUGCGUUUUUCUCCUACACGGCUGCCUAUGAUCCCUUGGAUCCCACGGGGAACAUCACCAUUAAAUGGGAUGUCAUGUCUUGGACGCCCGAUGGCUAUGUAGCGGUGGUGACGAUGAACAAUUUCCAAAUGUUUAGGCACAUCUUGAGCCCUGGGUGGACUUUGGGGUGGACAUGGGCUAAGAAAGAGGUGAUUUGGACAAUGGUUGGAGCACAAACCACAGACCAAGGAGAUUGUUCCAAGUUCAAAGGCAGUGUUCCACACUGCUGCAAAAAGAACCCAACUGUGGUGGAUUUGUUGCCUGGUGUGCCUUACAACCAGCAAUUCUCAAACUGCUGCAAAGGUGGGGUGUUGGCUUCUUGGGGCCAGGACCCUCAGGCUUCCGUGUCAGCGUUCCAGGUCAGCGUCGGCCAGGCUGGCACGUCCAACAAGACUGUCAAACUCCCCAAGAACUUCACCUUGCUUGGCCCUGGACCUGGCUACACUUGUGGCCCUGCAAAGAUUGUGCCUUCAACUAAAUUCUUCACCCCUGAUCUUCGUCGAAAAACACAGGCCCUUAUGACAUGGAAUGUGACAUGCACAUUUUCUCAGUUUCUAGCCAGAAAACAUCCUAGUUGCUGUGUUUCCCUCUCCACUUUCUACAAUGAAACCAUCACUUCUUGUCCUCAUUGUGCUUGUGGCUGUGAGAACAAAAACAAAUGCAUCAAGAGUGAUUCAAAACUCCUCAGUGUGGUUGGCAUAAACACUCCAAGAAAAGACAAUGCACCAUUGUUGCAGUGCACACAACACAUGUGCCCCAUCAGAGUUCACUGGCAUGUGAAGGUUAACUACCAAGAAUACUGGAGAGUCAAGAUUGCCAUCACAAACUUCAACUACAGAAUGAACUAUUCUCUCUGGACUCUUGUUGUUCAACACCCUAAUCUCAACAAUGUCACUCAAGUUUUCAGCUUCGAUUACAAACCGGUCGUUCCCUACGGUUCCAUCAAUGACACAGGAAUGUUCUAUGGGAUGAAGUUCUACAAUGACUUACUAAUGGAAGCAGGGCGAUUUGGGAAUGUGCAGUCUGAGGUUCUGAUGCAGAAGGAUAAAGACAGUUUCAGCUUCAAGCAAGGAUGGGGUUUUCCCAGGAAGGUCUACUUCAAUGGUGAUGAAUGCUUGAUGCCACCACCCGAUACAUAUCCAUAUCUGCCAAACUCUGCACACAAAAACUUAGCCCUCUUCUCAACACUGAUCUGUUCAAUUCUUUUGCACCUCAGUGCAUUGUUUUGAUCAUGUUUUGCCCCUCUGUAACUAGAAAUUUUUGAAGUUUAUGAUCAACAACAACCUAGAUGCACUAAGCUGGGUGUGGUAUACCUGCAACUUUGAUGUAACAUGAACACAUUGCAAAUCUGUAAUAUAAUCACCUCCAUGUGCAAAUGGGAAUGCUGUUAUUCUGAGUAAUAAUUUGAAGUUUGAACA